CCUCAAUCGUCAUACGCAGAUAAUAUUUAUGUUGAAACGCAUUUGCGCAUAUUUUGUUGUUGCGAUUGAAAAAUAAAUAUACGCAUCUGACAUUGAUAAAAACAAAUUGCAUCCAGAUAUGGACACUGAACAGGAUGACACGGAAAAUGCUAACCGAUCGAUUCAAUCAGUCGAUGAAUUUUGUUGGCAAUGUGAUAAGAGGCGCAUCAAAGUCAAUUGUUCAACAUGUUUUCGGUCGUUCCAUGACAGCUGUCUCAGUAUGAAAGACUGUAAUAAUGAUGGAAAUCCAUUCGUCUGUCUAGUUUGUGAGCUAUUGCAAAAGUCAGAGCAUGAUAAUUUGAUGGACAGACAAUUGAUCGCUCGGCUACUUGAAUUAGUCAUGGGAAAAGUUGCAAAAAACAAAUUCCACCAUUUGGAGCGUUUACAAGGUGACGACAUUAUCAAUCCGAUCGGUUUGAAGGACAUCGAACAGAAAAUUGACAGCAUGCUCUAUACGAGUUUGGAUGCUUUUAUAGUUGACAUCGAAUGUAUCUACCAUAACUACGCCAUUCGCAACAAGGAACUUGCCACGGUUGAAAAAUUGGUAAAACUAUGCGAAUCGGAAAUCGAUCAGAUUUCAAGCUGUGCAAAUUGUUAUGAAAACAAGCACAAACAACCAAAUGGUGGACGUACGCUGGCUUGCAGCAAACCUCAUUUAGUUUUGUGGGUGAAAUUGGAUCGUAAGAUAAAAUUGUUAUGCAAUUCACACAAUAGAAGCAAUUCGUUUUGGCCUGCCAAACUACUCACCGUGAUCGAUGGAGAUAAAAUGGUCAAAGUUAGUUUCUUUGGUCGCUCAGAAUUGAGCGAUAUUCCAAUCGAGAACUGUUUCAUUUACUCGAAUGAAGUUCCACGUUCACAAUCACAAGCACAUAAAUCAAAGGACUUGAAAGCUGCUCAGAAAGAAGUAACUGAAUAUGGACGAAGUAUCCAGAAGGAAUUCGGUCGUUUCCAGAUCAAAUCAAAAAGUGUUCCAUUCAAUCCGAAACAUUAUAAUGCACACAUGGCUGCUAUGUUCCCUGACAUACUCAGAUCCGGUUCGCCGAGCGAACAUGAUUAUUGCGGAAGCAAUGACGAUGCAAGCAGCACCGAUGGAUCUGACAGCAGCUCAAACCGUGAUGAUUCCACCGAAACCGAAACUGAUGAUCGUGAAGAGUCAGAAUAUGUUACAGGUGAUAGCACUAGCGAUUCAUCUGAAACUAAAACAGUCGACGAAUCCAGCGAUCAUUCGAACGAGGCAAUUCCAAAGAAGAGACCACGUCUUUCUGAGGAAAAGAAAAUCGAUACAACCUCCAAUUCGACAAUGCCCAUUACAAUCAUUGACUCCAGCAGUGAUUCCGAAUCAAAUUCGGGCCAAAAAGACGGGCCAAUCCAAAGCACCAAAUCACUUGAGCUCGGAAAAGUCGGUGGACUUGCUAAUUUCAAUAGAGUCCCAAAUUGUAUGAACGUUCAACGAUUCUCUCAACACUGCACAACGACAUCAAACCGCACGGCGACAUCCACCUGCACAUCGGUUUCCAAUACCACACAGUUUAACUUGAUUUUCAACCCAAAUCAAGCAACAUCAGCAACAGCCAACACUCUACUAAUGAACAAUAUCGGAAACUGCGUUGCAAAUUCCGAAAAUACCUUACAAUACCGAUUAAUGAAUCAAUUGCGCACCGCAUUGGAAAACAUACAAAAAUCUCAUGCUGAUUGUCAGGCGAAACAUGAUGAUUUACUUGGUCAACUAAGGGCUGUUACUGCUGAACAUGACCAGGCCAAACUAGAUGCGAAAAAUGAAGUGGCCAAAAUACGAUCGGAACAUGUGAAAGAAAUAUCGCAAUUGAUGCAAGCACGUACUCAAGAGACGGCAAGAAUUGAAAGUCUGGAACAAAGUGAAGCACAUUUGAACAGAGGAAUAAGAGCAUGCCUCGAAAAAAUAACCGCAUUAGAAGCGGAAAAAGAUCGCACCACAGCUGAAACCGAGAAAUUGAAAGUGGAACAUCGUAAUACGGUCAAUCAAUUGCGCAUACAGAUUCAGAACGGCAUUCAGGACAAACAAAUUAUUAAACAGCUCCAGCAACAACACAGCCAAAUCGAGAAUAAUCUCAGAACGGAAAUUACUAUACUGCGAGAAGCUAAGGAAGAGCUAGAAAAUAGCUUUAACGCGAAUUCAGACAUUCAAUUCAAGAUGGAAUCGAAUCAUAAACAUGAAGUGGAGAAAUUGCGUAAAUGCCACGAAUACGAGUUGCGAUGGGAAAAGAAAAAUGCUUCAAACCAAAUGGAUAAAUUCAGAAUGGAACAUAACCAUCAAGUGGCUGAUUUGGAAAAUAAAUUGAAGGCAGCCAUCGAAGGAAAGUCUGAUGUCGAAGCACAACUCCGAGUAAAAACGGACAAAUUGAAUAACGCCAAAUCCGUUUUGAGUUCGCUGUACAAAGAUUUGUAGGAAGGUGCAUGGAUUCAUAUUCACAUAGAACACAUUGGAAAAUCUCAUCAACAACUGAAUCGGUGCGGUCUGGAAAUUGAAACGGAAUAAAAAAGGGCGGAGCAAAUGUGUUUAACCCAUUUUGAAUACCAAUCGAUUGAAAACACAUUCAUUCAUAACACAUAUAUAAAACUAUAUUAAAAUACACUCAAUAAAACCCAAUUUUUUGUUGAUGCACAAUCAACAUCAAUA